GAGACGCAUGGUUAGGAAGGAACACCAUCCAAGGCUGCCCUGGGGCAAAAAGCUGGAGACCCUAUUUGAAAAAUAACUAAAGCAAAAAAGAUUGGGGAUAUGGUCAGUGGUAGAGCUCCUGCUAAAAAAAAAAAAGAGAGAGAGGGGAUGAGGGAAGAAAAGUUCAGUACUCAACAUCGCCUCUAGAUUGAGACAGUGGUUAAGUGGAAACAGUUAUUUUUCCUUGUAAUAUAUAUAUAACACUCAUUUUAAAAUUACUUUUUCCUAUUUUAGGCCUCAUGAAGAAAUAUCUUAGAGAUUUGUCAAACUUCUAAGCUAGCAAUUUUUACAACUUGGAGUUGUACCUCUUACCUACACAUUUUGGAAAUCAAAAUGGAAGCCUUCCAUAAAGUUUUAGAACAAUUAUAUAAGAAAGUACUUCUUGGAGCCACACUUGAAAACGACAGCCAUAAUUUCGUCUUUUACCUCACCCCAGCUCUUCCAGAUCCACACUUUUCUACAGCCUCCUCCUUAGGAGGAUUGAACACCACAGGUGUGCAGGGUAGCCAUAAGCCAUCCUCUGUUGAGGUGACUACUGUUCCUGACUCACUGCUGUGUGUGGAGAGAAGCUCUGAGCUGAGCUGUGUCCGGGAGGUGAAGCUCCUUCAGCUAACCGUGAUUAGGGUGAUGAUAACCAGGAUAUUGUCUGUGGAAACUGAGAGCCAUGCCAAGGAGAAAUACAGAGAUAUAAUUAAAAUCCUUCUACAGACAACUGAAGUCGAUUCUAAAUUGAUCUGCAUGUUCCAAAAUUCGGAUAAAUUGUUAUCUCACAUGGCUGCAAAGUGCCUCGCCCUGCUUCUCUAUUUCCAACUGAGAGAAAAGAUAACAUUAAGUAAUUCCUGGAUUGCUUUUUGCCAAAAACAUCUUUCUCAGUUCUCUGAGACUGGUGAAGUAGUGCAUUGCCUCUGGACUCUUACAGUUGUAAUAAAAGAAAUUAAAGAUACAUGCUCACAAAAAAUUGAAAUUCUAAAACAGUUCCUGAUUCCUUUUGACACUACUUUUGAAGUAUUCUACAAUUCCUUAUUUUCUCAGCAUUUUGAAAACUGUCAGAAUCCUUCUACUAUAAUAAACAGUUUGAUGUGUUUCCUGGAUUUACUUGAACUUCUCAUAGCCUCUAGAAUCUACCUGAAGUUUCAUUGUAAGAGCCAAAGGAUUUUAUUUUUGAAACCUUGUGUUCUAGACAUUCUUACCUGGCCUAUUGAGGCUUUUGUCAAAAGGAAGUUGGUUGUAUUCAUCAAAAAGUGCCUUCUUUGUAAAGUGGGUGAAGACCUUUGUCGUGGAUCUGUGCCUGCCUUAUUGUCGCCAGACCGUCACCUUGACAUGGACAUGUUGGCUUUAGCUGAUGCUGUUUUGCAUGCCGUGCAUCUGGGGUUGUUGAAGACAUUUUCUGUACAUGGGAAGCCUUCCUGCUUUGGAGGAGAUGAAGUUCAGCCUGGAUGUGGACGAAGUUCUGAUCCAGCUCAUGUGGUCCUUAGAGCAGCAAGCUUAGUUACAAUAAAAUCCUUAGAAAUCAAGUUCCGAAAUUGUACCUCAGCAAAUGAGAUGAAAGUUGAUUUGCACAGGUUCAUGUCUGAGUUACUGACCUUCUUAAAGCCUCACCUUCAGUCCUCUCUGCAUUUCCACAAUCCGUGUGAAUGGCUGUCCAAGGUCUUCAUAGAACAAGACGAUGACAUGCUGGAGGCUGCCAAAGCAUUGCUAAGCAUCUACCUGAAGCUGACCAGACAGUGUGAAGCUACUGAAAGCUUGACCCAAGAAAAAGAAACGUGGAUCCAUCACACACAUGAAAAUGGUUAUAAUCCUCACUGUAUUUUCUUGUUCUUCUUAGAGAAUAUAGGAUUUGAUUCUACAGUUCUUCUUGACUUUUUGAUUUCAUCAGAAACCUGUUUUCUAGAAUAUUUUGUUAGAUAUUUAAAAUUAUUGCAAGAAGAUUGGGAUCAUUUUUUCAGCAUUUGCAAGUUCUUUGAUGCAACUGAAUCUCAGUGUGGCACAGAUAUUUGUGGUUGUGUCCCCUUACUUGUUCAAGACAAAAACACUAACCAGACAACCCCUCACUGUCUGACUGCUUCUGAAAGUCACAAGAAUGCUUACCCUUGGGUUUCCUGGGCUCCUGGUGAUUCUCCUGAACCACUGACCCAGGUUGCUAUGGCCACAGAGACCCACCUGGUGAGGGAUCAUAGUCUGCCUUCUGCUGUGGCUUCUCAAAGCCUAGUGGCUUAUGACAGCUCUGAUGAUUCUGAAGCGGACUCCAUAGACCAGUGUUUAGCAAACCGAGACCAGACACCUUUGCACCAAGAAGCAACUAAGAAAAUUCAAGACUCCGCUGGGACAAGUAGGGAUAAAAAUGAACUUAGCCUAGAGCCUCAGUCAAGGCCUCUGGUUCUAAAAGAAUCUAAUACCCCCUUUUCUAUUGAUUGUGAAAUAGUCCCAGAUAGUAGUCUCUCAGAACUAGGAAUAUUCUACAGAACAGUACAAUGUUUUGAAGAACUACAAGGUGCCAUUUACCGUUUGCAAAAGAAAAAUCUCUUCCCAUAUAAUGCAACUGCACUUCUAAAAUUGUUAAAACGUAUAGAGGCAAUAUGUAAUAAAGUAUGAAACCUUUGUA